UGGAACUUUAUUGUGCUUCACUGUAUCAUCCAAAACCAACUCAUACUUUUUCAUAUCUCUACCAUUACUAGGCACAAACUUGUCCAUUUUGGGAGCUUAAGCAAUAUUCUGAAUGCAUCAUGACAUGCUACCUGGAGCUGUUUCAUUUCUGCUUUACUGUCACUGUGCCACCAGUGGGCGGUAUAGAGCAGACUACAGGAGGCUCGAAAACAAGCUCUUUUAACUGCACACGUAUGGAAUUUACAUGCACGACGGUGCUGCACGUCAUCAUCGUCAUCAUCACAUAGAUCAGUCCUGGUGAUUUUUGCAUGGGUUAAUGUUGACAUUGGGUCUCCACAAGGGGCAAGGCUAACAUGGCUUGACUUGAAACCAAGGAGGAGCAAUAGUAUCAGCACUUGGGGCUUUCCAUGACGUGCCAGCUGUUCAGUUAUUUUUUCUUUUUGUGGUCAAACACGGAAGUAUAAGUCAGCAGACCCUCUGGCAUCUAGCAGCUUUGUUCAUCAAAUCUGCUUUAUUUGUUUUUUGUUGAGUCCCUGAAGCUCAUCUUGGCCAUGGACAGACGUGUCAACAAGAGAGGAUUUACUGAGUCUUUCUUCAAAGGUGCACACUUGAAGCUAAGGGCUUUGAAAAUGAUAACCCAAGGUCGUAAUAGGUACUUAAGAAAAGAAAACAUCCCAAAAUACCCACGGCCGGAGUUUCACGUCUCUUACCUGAGACAUGACACAGGCAGAGAUGGCCUAAUCGGCAUUGCAGAAGACUCUGGCUUCCGUGCACCAUACAGAGAUGAGGACGAGGAGGACCCUGAAGACCCGGAGACUAUGAACCUGAUAUGGUGGAGCCUGUCAGUGGGACCUGAUGAGGUGGAUGCAGCCGAGGAGAGACUCCUCGAGAACAGGUUCCCAUACCGGACAGUGCAGCAGGCCAUCUCCCAGGAGAGCUUCCUGUGGGAUUUUGCAUCCUCCCCGGCCUUCAAGGAGACGUCCAGGUUUGGCUCGUACCGCUUCACCUUCCCCGUGCAGGAGCUGCUGGAUGCAUAUAGCGAGCAGCUGUGCGACAGUAUGGAACCGGUCCUACGGGUGUAUGACACGGUCCUCUACAAACAGGAAGUGAUGUACUCCGUGUUGGUCCAUAGCGAGGACUACAACUACCUGUUUGAAGACUAUCCCCUUCUGACUGACAGCCCUGAUGAGGUCUGCGCCUAUGAGGACGGGACCUUCAUCUGGAGAUCUGAGGCCAUGUCCCAGCAUCACCGCUUCAAGUUGGUCGAGUGGCCCUAUUACAGGCAGAUGGGAUCUGUCCCUGUCUCCAGGCGGUGGUCUCAGUACUACGUCUGGGACAAUGUGGCUGUGGCCUUCCACAUGGCAGGCGGUCAGUCACUGAACUUUGAUAUGUACCAGCUGGGAGAAUGCCUCACUUUCUGUGAACGUGGAUACCCCACCAUCCCCAGACCAGGCUGCUCUGCUGAUGAAAAUUUCGAUAGUUUUGAGGACGCUGAAGAAAUCGUCGAAUACUACUGGCCUGAUUCACCGUUCAACUAACUUAAGAUUAAAGCGGGUGGAGGUCGGUGGCUUCUUCAGGGGAAAUAAAAGGUCAACAGCAGCAGCCAAACAGAAGAAAACAUCAUCUGAAAGCUGGGAAUAUGAAGAUUAAUUUGAGCUGCCCCUCAGCUCUGUGUGUCAAGUUAUUCUGGUCACAAAUCCGUCAUAAACAUUUUGUUUUAGUUAGGCGCCUACUGAUUUAUUUAUUUAUCUUUAUUUAGAGUGUAUAAGGGUUAGAGCAUUGUGAUAGGAGCAUACUAAUUUUAGCAUUUUUUUUCUCGUACAUGUGUUUUUUUUUCUCACAAAUCUGUUUUUUUUUUUCAUAAAUUUAUGACUUUAAUCUCAGAUAAUAUCUGAGUUUUUUCCCUUUUUUUCUUAAAUGUGUGACUUUAUCCUCAAAAAUUCAAACUUUUUUCUCUGGAAAAUAUGUUCAACACAAUUUGUAACACAAUGGCAGAAAUAUCAAACAAUAAACAAUGACCAAUAAUCA